UCGCGCCACGACGAAAAGGAAGAACCCAUGCAGAAGGCGUGAGGUUGUUGUCGCCCAACGGUCACCUGAUCUCUUUAGCGUAGGCAAAUUAUCUGUCGUCAGUGGCUGAUGCCCUGCGACGAUGGUUGGCUGCAUCACGACAGCUGUAUGUUGUCUGAUUUUGGUGAGCCAGGCUCAGCCAGGUCAGGGAGACGUGUUCUUUCUAUACAGAGCCUCACCUCUCAGUCGCUCUCAUUGGAGAUUCAUACUUCAGUUUUCGAUUAGUUGGUGGUCGUCUGAGUGGGUGGUAGAGUUAUUGUCUGUGGAGUUUCCGUUGGUAUCUGCAGUCAAGCCAUAAGCGAGAGGAAGAAAGAAGAGGAAGGGCGUCGAAAGAUGGAAAGAAGGAAGAAACGAAUACACAAGCCAAAACUUCAAAAU